GCACUGAGCUGUAGUAAUGAUUGAGGAAUAAUACAAGAAAUAAAAAGAUUUCAUUGUUUAAAAGAAGUUUUUCAAAAAUUUUUUUUUGCAAAUUCAAAUAAGGUAUAAGUAAUAGUAUUCGCCAUCGCAUUCUAAAAAUUAAUAUUAAAACAUAAAAAAUAAACAAUUAGAAAUAAGUGGGUGGCGAAAUGCAAUCGAGUGAUCCUGGUGGACCAAGAAAUAACAAUCCAACAGCUACCAACACUACGCCCAAUAGAAAUCCCUUCAAAGCCCACUUGGAAAAUCAGAAUCAGCGACCACAACUAGCAGCGACAUCCUAUCAAAAUGGCACCAACACCGAAUCCCUCACAUCGCAGGAUUCUAGCGACCAAUCUCAUAAUUCACAGCCCUCUCACCUGCCACCGCAAACAUCCGCCGAUCGGAACACCACCUAUCAUAGUUAUGGACCGCAAAUGACAUCGCCACCCUUACCACCUUCGGAUAAUUACCGUCAGGAGGAUUAUCGGGCUGCUGGCACCUGGGCUGCCACAAAAGCUUGGAUGAUCCGAUGGAGGGGCUCCAGACGCUUAGUUUUGGUAAUUGUCGCAAUUGCCUUGCUGUUAGACAAUAUGCUCCUCACAACUGUAGUUCCUAUCAUUCCUGAGUUCCUGUACGAUAUUCGCCAUCCAGAUGCCCCUCUUGAUAGCUUUCCCAGAACACCAUUGUCAAUAAUAACACCGCCACCACCAACGCUAUCCCCUUGUUCAAAAAAUGAAGAUGACGCAGUGGCAGUUAACUCCAAAAUCGAGUAUGCCACCAUCAGCGAUGUGGAGAAUGCAACACUUUACCGCGAGAUGGAAGAACGGCAUAAGGAGCUUGUGGGUGAAACCGUAGAAGUUGGUCUUAUGUUUGCUUCAAAAGCAUUUGUGCAGCUUUUAGUGAAUCCCAUUGUUGGACCUCUGACGCAUAAAAUUGGCUAUAGUAUUCCAAUGUUUGCUGGCUUUAUAAUAAUGUUCUUGUCAACUCUCAUCUUUGCAUUUGGCCGGUCUUAUAGUGUAUUGUUCUUGGCUCGAGCAUUGCAAGGUAUUGGAUCCUCUUGCUCUUCAGUUUCCGGUAUGGGUAUGCUGGCAGAUAGAUACACGGAUGACAAAGAACGGGGUAAUGCGAUGGGAAUAGCAUUGGGUGGACUUGCACUGGGAGUAUUGAUUGGACCACCCUUCGGAGGGAUCAUGUAUGAAUUCGUUGGAAAAUCAGCACCGUUCUUGAUUCUCUCAGCUUUAGCUCUUGGCGAUGGAGUAUUGCAAUUGUUCAUGCUUCAACCAUCCAUUCAGCGUUGUGAUUCCGACCCACCUUCUUUGAAGGCAUUAAUAAGUGAUCCCUAUAUUCUUAUUGCUGCAGGAGCCAUUACAUUUGCUAACAUGGGAAUUGCAAUGCUUGAGCCAUCUUUGCCAAUAUGGAUGAUGGAUAACAUGGGGGCCAGUCGAUGGGAACAAGGUGUUACAUUCUUACCGGCUUCAAUAAGUUACCUCAUCGGAACAAAUUUGUUUGGACCUCUGGGACACCGAAUUGGAAGAUGGUUGGCUGCUCUAUUGGGAUUACUUAUUAUUGGUUCUUGUCUUAUCAUGAUUCCUAUGGCAACUCACAUCAAUCACCUGAUUAUUCCAAAUGCCGGUCUUGGAUUUGCCAUCGGAAUGGUAGACUCUUGCAUGAUGCCCGAACUCGGUUACUUAGUGGAUAUUCGACAUUCAGCCGUGUAUGGGAGUGUUUAUGCUUUGGGUGAUGUGGCUUUCUGUAUGGGAUUUGCUAUAGGACCAGCUUUAAGUGGAACUUUGGUCAAUAGUAUUGGAUUCGAAUGGAUGCUUUUUGGAAUCGCAAUUUUGUGCUUUCUAUAUGCACCUCUGCUAGCAUUCCUUAAGAAUCCACCCACUAAAGAAGAAAAGAAGUCCUUAAUUAUAGGUGAACGAUCCUCAAUUCGAUAUGUCACAUACCAAAACGUCGAAGAAGAAUAAAAAGUUUGAGUAAGAAGGAUGAAUUGACGACUAAAUUUUUUCUAGCAAAACUGACAUGCAAAAUAAAGUAACAAAAUUUUCAACCAAUAAUAUCAGGAAUAUCAUAUGUAUUUUAUUGAUUUCCAUUUUAUCUUUAUUAUUUAAAAAUUGUGAAUUUUUUAACAGCAAUAAUUCUAAUCUAAGCGGAUUAAUUCCCACCGUCUUAUGAAAAUUUUAAUGAAAACAUCUGAAUAUUCCUUACAAAUUAGAACACCUUAAAAUUCAGAUUAUAAUACUGUUGGUUAUUUAAUAAAUAAGUAUGCACCUGGUUACAAUUCACAUAAAUACAUAUAUUUAUUUAAUUAAUAGUUAUAAAAAUAAAAAUUUAAGAGCAUUGAAAAAAUAAGUAUUAAAAUAUUAAUAUGUUGUUUACCACCAAAGAGAACUACUCUACUCGCUAUUCUGAAUAUAAUAAAUAAACAAUUUAUAUUGGAAGUAUAGUCUAUAGUAAAAUUAAUUGUUGUUAAAUGUUGGAAAUACAAUGAAUAAAACUUUAUUCAUUACUCCCUCAAACAGAAGGGUACGAAAUGUUGCUAGUCAAAUUGAGAUAAUUAAAUGUUAAAUAUAGAUUUUGGUGUUUAUUACAAAAAAAAAGUUAUAAGUACUAGGGCGUUCGUUAUUUAGGUUUUUUUCGAGAAUCAAGUUCCUAAGUGGAAAAACUGUUUCUAAAUAAUAAAAAAAAAAUCCUCUAAUUUUUUCAGAUUUUUAUUUUGACACUAGAGGGUUAAAGUUUUUAACAUUUGAAAUAGGUAUGGUAUAGGUAUUUUUUUAGAUAUAGACUCCAAAACUUUUUGAUGAGGUCCUUGUCUACGUUAAACAACGUUUUCAAAAAUGUAUAGAUCAUUUUUCUAGGACCAGGGGUUUAGUCAGGGCAUGCAUGGCUUUGUUGGAUUUUAUUUUAUUUUUCAUGCUACUCAUAUGCUUGUUUAAAUAAAACAGAAAACAUACAAAAAAGCCAUGCAUGCCCUGACUAAACCCCUGGUCCUAGAAAAAUGAUCUAUACUUUUUUGAAAACGUUGUUUAACGUAGACAAGGACCUCAUCAAAAAAUUUUGAUUGGAGUCUAUAUCUAAAAAAAUACCUAUACCUACCAUACCUAUUUCAAAUGUUAAAAACUUUAACCCUCUUGGGGCGCCAUCUAGUGUCAAAAUAAAAAUCUGAAAAAAUUAGAGGAUUUUUUUUUUAUUAUUUAGAAACAGUUUUUCCACUUAGGAACUUGAUUCAAAAAUAACGAAGGCCCUAAUAAGUACUGCACGAACCUUUCUAUUUAGCCCAAAGGCUAAAUAUAAUUCUCGAAUUGAAUUUUAAACCGAAGAGAGUAAAAAUAUACAAGGCAUUUUACUCACAAGGCUUAUUAGGGUGCUUAUUAGGGUGGAUCGCUUUAAUUUUUGAAAUUUAGGAUUCGGGCAUUGAUCGAUAUCGGUCACCAUCACAAACGAACAAAAUUUUAUACAUAAAUACUUACAUUUUUUUAAAUAAUUUCAUUCAAUACUGCCCCAAGCCGUCUGAUCAUAUGAUACAUUUUGGCUGUAAAAAUAAAUUUUUUAGUUCUUUUGUAAUUUUAUAAUUUUAACUAUAUGCUUCUGGGACCUAAGGAUUUUUCUUAGGGUUGGCGAGUACUUGUCCGUAUUUUGUUAGCUAAAGAUUGGUGUUUAGUUUAGCUUUUAGUACAUACAAAAUUUUACCU